AAACACCUAUGAAUUUCUAGUGCAAUCGAUGUUUUCUCCAUCGCUAAUGUAAACAAGUCAUUUGUCUAAGAUUUUAAUUCUCAAUAUGACAACGGCACAGGUGAAUUUUUCUUCAAAUAAAGAGUUGGAAGUGAUUGAAUAUCCAGCAAAACUUGUUAAUUUAAACCGAAUGUUAGCAACACUAGGGGGUAUUACCAAUGUCUCUCAGGCGUUGGGAAGUGAACAGAAACGCUUAGAGCUUCGUUUCCAUCCGAAAAAUCCGUUUAACAAAGUAGCCGGCGGUGAUGCAGUGCAAGGAGCCGGGUUGCUAAUAUCUGUUAAAGUACGGCGCUCUAAAAAACAUCGAAACCAACCUUCUGAAUACCAACUGUGCAUCCUUGGACAUUGCAAAAGAAGUUUUACUUUUAACUGUUUAUGUGAUUUCCAGUAUCUACCCUUGCACAAUGAUCCAAAUAGAACGGAAAACUUGACGUUCAAUUUAUCCAGCAUAAUUCCUCAGUCUGUAACCAAUACAAAUUAUUUUUCGCAAACAGAUGUGCCAUUACUAAGUUUACCACAAAUCUUUGCUCGUGUCGAUACAAUUAAUUCUACUAUAUUUCGUGCCGACCAACAAGAUGACGGCCAACAUGAUGUGCUGGGUGUGAUACAAAAAUCUUCAUACGAUAGUCGCGACGUUGUCGCAUUUAGUAUGACUGAUGGUUUUCCAGAACGUGCAGAUCUGCAAAUUGUCAAAAGAAUGAGAAUCAAAUAUGUAUCUGAUGAGCAAUUACAGAAAGUUAAAGCCCUAUUUGAGGAAUGCCCAAUUUGGACACGAAUUGCGUUGCUUUACGAAUCGGGCGUAUCCAAUGAAAAGUUAAAAUGUAUUGUACCAUCUUUGUCUUACUACUUUUCGACGGGUCCAUGGCGAACGCUAUAUGUACGCUAUGGCUAUGAUCCACGUAGAGACUUUAAAAGUCGUUAUUACCAAACAUUCGAUUAUCGAUUACGCUUUCGCUCAGGAAUGUCGGAAUUCGUGGCGAACAGGAAAGAUCAGCUCAAAAAGCAAAAUGAGAGUCCAUACGAAUUAAAUGAAAUGGUCCAAGACAUAAACUAUCCAUAUUUCGAGGAAAACAAACUACCUCGUUCUAGGCAGUGUAUUUUGCGAUAUUGUGAUAUUCAUAUGCCUAAAAUUCAAGAGAUGAUAGAAAAAAUACCCUCUCCACGAACGGGAGCAAUAUGCAACGAGAAGACUGGGUGGUUACCGGCCGGUUUCGACUUGCAAGUGCGUCAAGUAAUGAGUAACUGUAUUAAAGAGUUAUUGCGAAACCAUUAUCGCAAAGGGCAGAUCCACGCAGAGUUGGACCCAGUCGAUAAUUUGGAAGAUUCUGAGGGCGAUGCAACUUUUGAGGACAAUUUGGAUACUAGCGAUCUUAGUAAAGAAAUUUUUGACGAAUAACUGAUUUUAAGUACCGUCUAAAUGCAAAUAAAACAUGUUUUAGCGCAUGGAUAUUUUAUAAAUAAUUCCAGUUUUUAAAUGCAAACAAUAUGCUGUAUUAUUUUUGAUAUACACGAAAUUCUAUGACUUUAUGGUUUGCAACGGUCUAGGAAACGAGGAUAGAGGCAAACUUCUCGAAUAUGAUAGCGAUUGAGUAACCAGCAGAGGAAACGUUCAAGCCCUAAACCAUAACCGCCAUGUGGUUGAGUGCCGUACACUCGUUGAUCAGUAUACCAAUAAUACGGAGUUGGAUCAAUCCCUUCACGAGCGUAACCUUUCAGCAACUCGUCAUAGUCAUUUAUCCUCAUAGAACCACCAACAAUCUCGCCAACAUUGGGCAGAAGUACAUCGACGCUCUCGGUCAAGUUAGGAUCUUCCGCACAUUUUGACAUGUAGAAUGAUUUAAUAGCUACAGGAAAGCGGCAUAGCAUAAUUGGUUCGUUAAUUGUAUCAGUCAUUUUGCGUUCUGGAGCUUCCGGUAUGUCCUGUUGGGAAAGAAAAACGAAACUGUUACCAGAACUUAACAAUAAUAAUGCUAUAAUAAUUAAAUACCUCGCCAAAUUCAUAGAAGGUACCAUCAUCUUUAGUCACAUUGUUUUCUUUUAACCAUUUAAUAGCAUCGGCAUAGUUCAUGCGCCGGAAAGGU